CCAAACUUUCCUCUCAUAUUUAGAUGGAGUUGCCUCUCGAAUUGUCGCGGGCUUCUGUUUUUUUUUCACAUCUAACCUCACACAUCACCGGAGAAUAUUAUUAAAGGCCAGAGAGAAAUAAUGUCUUCGACGGGGAAUGCACCACAGGGGACGGAGAUUAAGCAAACGCUGCCAAAUAUAGGAGUUUACACCAACCCAGAGCACAAGCUGUGGGUUGGAGAGGCUACGCCCUCGCUGGAAUCCGUGCAGUCUGGGAGCGACCUGAAGGAAGGGGAGGUGACUAUUGGGAUUAAGAGCACAGGUAUCUGCGGCUCUGAUGUGCACUUCUGGCACGCCGGGUGCAUUGGUCCCAUGAUCGUUAAGGACACGCAUAUUUUAGGACACGAAUCCGCUGGUGUUAUUCUAGCAGUUCAUCCAUCCGUGGAUAACCUGAAGGUUGGAGACCGCGUAGCUGUCGAGCCCAAUGUUAUUUGCGGAGAGUGCGAGCCCUGCCUCACUGGAAGAUAUAACGGUUGCGAGAAGGUCGAGUUCUUAUCCACACCACCAGUAGCUGGCCUACUCCGACGAUACGUCAACCAUCCAGCAAAAUGGUGCCACAAGAUUGGAGAUAUGUCAUAUGAAGACGGCGCACUUCUGGAGCCGCUGAGCGUAGCUCUGGCUUGUAUGGCGCGUGCUGGUGUUCAGCUCGGUGACCCAGUCCUGAUCUGUGGUGCUGGUCCAAUCGGUUUGAUCACACUGCUGUGUGCUAGAGCCGCUGGAGCGGAACCAAUUGUUAUUACGGAUAUCGAUGAGAGCCGCCUGAAGUUCGCAAAGGAGCUCGUUCCAUCGGUGACCACGUUCAAGGUUGAGCGUGUGUCUGCUGAGGAUUCGGCCAAGGCUAUCGUAACUGCGUUCGGUGGUAUUGAGCCCGCAUAUGCCUUGGAGUGCACAGGUGUCGAGAGCAGCAUAUCCGCAGCCAUCUGGGCCGUGAAGUUCGGAGGAAAGGUCUUCGUGAUUGGUGUUGGAAAGAACGAGAUGAACAUUCCGUUCAUGAGAUUAAGUACCCGGGAAGUCGACCUACAGUUCCAAUACCGGUACUGCAACACAUGGCCGCGGGCCAUUCGGUUGGUUCAAGCUGGCUUGAUCGACAUGAAGAAGCUUGUCACCCACCGUUAUGCCCUCGAGGAUGCAGUUAACGCGUUCGAGACUGCUGCAGACCCGAAGACUGGCGCUAUCAAGGUUGUGAUUCAGAGCGAGUGAGUUGGACGGGCACAAGGAUGUAUAUGAGUAGAUAAAGCCAUGUUUAUGAUUAUUCCAUAGUAAUUGCAAAUAAUGCCGAA